CCCCCGCUGCCCCGGGCGCGGGCCGGGCCGCGCUGCGGGCGGGCUCUGCACCGGGCAGCCCCUGCCCCGGCACCGGCGGCUCCAGACUUCAAUAGCUUUGUCACUCGGACCAACACUUGUGGAGAGCUGUGUUCUGUGCACGUGGGACAAGAGGUCACACUGUAUGGAUGGAUUCAGUAUCAAAGACAAGGCCUGUUUCUGGUUUUGAGGGAUUUCCAGGGACUGACCCAGAUCAUCAUUCCACAGGAUGAGGCACAUUCCCAUGUGAAGAAGCUCUUGUCUAAUGCCCCAGUGGAGUCUGUUGUGCGAGUGACUGGAAUUGUGUCCCCUCGGCCCCCUGGGCAGGAGAAUCCGAAAAUGCCAACAGGAGAUAUUGAAGUGAAGGCGGAGACUGCCGAGAUCCUAAACCCCUGCAAGAAGCUACCUUUUGAAAUCAAGGAUUUUAUCAAGAAAUCAGAGGCCUUACGGAUGCAGUAUCGCUACUUGGACUUGCGUAGCUUCCAGUUGCAGUAUAACCUGCGGCUGAGAUCACAGAUAGUGAUGAGGAUGCGGGAAUAUCUGUGUAACCUCCAUGGGUUUGUGGAUGUAGAAACUCCAACGCUCUUUAAAAGAACCCCAGGGGGAGCAAAAGAAUUCCUUGUGCCCUCGAGGGAAGCAGGCAAGUUCUACUCUUUGCCGCAGAGUCCUCAGCAGUUCAAGCAGCUGCUCAUGAUUGGAGGCCUGGACAGGUACUUUCAGGUUGCUCGCUGCUACCGAGAUGAAGGUUCACGGCCUGACAGGCAGCCUGAAUUCACUCAGAUAGAUAUAGAGAUGUCAUUUGUAGAUCAAGCUGGGAUCCAGAGAUUGAUAGAGGGCCUCCUGCAAUAUUCCUGGCCUGAGGAAAGAGGCUGCAUUACGACUCCUUUCCCUUCCAUGACAUACAAGGAGGCACUGGCUGACUAUGGGACUGAUAAACCAGACACUCGUUUUGGGAUGAAGAUAGUGGAUAUCAGUGACUUUUUACAAAGAUCGGACAUUCAGUUUGUGCAGAAUGCACUCAGUUACCCACACGGUACUGUCAAAGCCAUUUGUAUCCCUCAGGGAGUGAGAUACCUUAAAAAUAAAGAUUUGGAGUCAUUAAAGGAGUCUGCAAAAUCCCAGUUUAACCAGGAAAUCAUGGAGAUUAUUUGCAAGCCUGAUGGAAGCUUGAAGUCUCUGCUUACAAAGUUUCUUAGUGAGAAGCAGCAGUCAGAGCUUAUCCAAGCGCUGAACAUGCAGGUGGAUGAUGUGGUACUGCUGGCAGCUGGUGAACACAAGCAAGUGUGCUCUGCAUUAGGAAGCCUACGGUUGGAGAGUGCUGACCUCCUUGAGGCGGCUGGGCUGGUACUCCGUGGUCCUACGACUUUUCACUUUCUGUGGGUGGUGGAUUUUCCACUUUUUCUCCCCAAGGAAGAGAAUCCCACUGAACUGGAAUCUGCCCAUCACCCUUUCACUGCUCCUCAUCCUUCAGAUACCAGCCUCCUCUAUUCUGAUCCCACAAAGGUCCGUAGCCAGCACUAUGACCUUGUGCUGAACGGCAGUGAAGUUGGAGGUGGCUCCAUCAGAAUUCAUAGCGCAGAACAGCAGCGUUUUGUGCUGGAGAAAGUGCUGAAGGAGGAUUCUGAGGUGCUUUCCCAUCUGCUUGAGGCUUUGGAGUUUGGAGCUCCACCUCAUGGAGGAAUCGCUUUAGGACUUGACAGGCUGAUCUCUCUCAUUGUUGAUGCUCCAAGUAUCAGAGAUGUCAUUGCUUUUCCUAAAUCCUUCAGAGGACGGGACCUGAUGGGCAAUGCUCCAGACUAUGUCACUCCAGAAGAACUAGAGCCAUAUCACAUCCAGGUUUCCUGGCCUCUUGCAGAAAAAGAGGCAAAGCAAAACUGACUUAAAGCCAGUGAUGUAAGCUGAUCUGUUUAACCAGAGGUGGUUACAGCUUCUAAAUACUAGAAUUCUGUUCAGAAAACCAACUGUUAUGGGAGGGUGGAGGGCAGUGCAACCCCACUGCACCAUGGCAGUUUCAGGACUGAAUGGGAAAUAGAUACGAGGGCUCCCCGAUAGGAAUUCACCUUUAGGUUGUAAUGGGAAAGAGAAGUAGAAGAGCAAAAGAAAAGAGCAUAAUUUUAACAUAGGGUAUUGAGAAUGUUGGCUUUGGGAUGUC